ACGUGCGUGACAGUUUUCCACAGAUGGGCUGUUGUUGAGCUCGGUCAGACGCCCCGAGGUCAUCGAGCUCCUCUCUGCAGCUCCUGCGGCUCACAGCGUCCCGAACCCGCGGGAGCGGAGACAAAGCGACCGCCUCAGAGUGAGAGGUGUACCGACCCUUCGACCCUGGCUGCCGCCGCGGCUCGCGGGGCCCGCUCGGCAUGAGACCCGGGGACGACAUGCGGAGCUCCGUUGUGCAGCAGGUCGCCCGCCAGGCGCUCGCCACCUUCCGGUGUGUCGAGGAGGCCGGCAGAGGUUUCCCGGAGCAGCAGAGCAAACUGCGGGCUCUGCUGAAUGAGGUCAGGGCGGCGGACCUACGUCUGGUGGAGCCCCGGGCCGGGGCCCCCCAGCCGCCGUACCCCGGUGGCCCUCCGCCGGUUACCUACAUGCACAUUUGCGAGACGGACGAGUUCAGCAUGGGGGUGUUCCUCCUGAAGCGCGGGGCGUCCAUCCCCCUCCACGACCACCCGGGGAUGAACGGUAUGCUCAAAGUCAUGUACGGCAAGACGCGGAUCACGUGCUUCGACCGGCUGGACCUAUCUCCGCUGUCCGGGACUCCCACCGGCCCGUCCGGCUCGCUCCGCCGUUCGGUGCUCCGGUCCACCGGGGAGUACACCGAGCACAGUGGCCCGUGCGUCCUCGCCCCCCACCGGGACAACCUCCACCGGAUCGAUGCGGUGGAUGGACCCACGGCGUUCCUGGAUAUCCUGGCCCCCCCAUACGACCCUGACGACGGGAGAGACUGUCACUACUACAAGGUGGUCCCGGGGGAGGCCGGGGCCCCCCAGGGCUCAGAGGUCUGGCUCAUGGACAUCUCCCAGCCACACGACUUCUGGUGCGGCUCGGAACCCUACCCCGGUCCCGGAGUGGGUCUCUAAAGACCAGGAGGCCCCUCAUCCCCUCGGAUUCUUAAGAACUAGAAGGUCCUCAGCAGCAGACUUACGGAGGCACUCAAUAUAAACCUCUUCCAUGUUCUCAUAUUGUUCUUAUCUGAUCCAGUUCUGUUGGCAAAAUAAACGCAACUUAAAGCA